CAAUCUCUAUUUAUCUGUUUUCGUUCAUACAGUUUCAAGGAAAAAUGAGGCCUUUCUCAUCGAGGAAGUUGACAUUUAAGACAUGUAUCUUCGCCAGCGUCCUGUUCAUUAUCUGCCUGAGACGAGCUCAAGGGGACUCAGACGUGAUAAACACGGUCUUUUCUGGCUAUGACAAAGUGUUGAGACCCGACUAUGAAAAGGGAACACCCACAGUCGUCAAUUGCAGUCUGCUUAUCGAAUCGUUUGGAAACAUUGAAGAAGCUGAAAUGGAGUAUAGAGUGUACGCUUAUCUUCACCAAACGUGGAAAGAUCCACGCUUGAGUGGAAAGGUCAACCGCACCCUUAACUUAAAAGGAGAUCAAAUAACCAGCAUUUGGGUGCCAGAUCCCUACUGCUACAACGCACGAGAGUCAAACAUGAUGAGCCCGGAUGAGGAAACGCACAGCAAUCUGAAAAUUAAACCUGAUGGAGAGAUAUACUAUAGUAGAGGAGUAAGUUUGCUGGCCUCCUGCACCAUGGAUUUAAAGUAUUUUCCAUUAGAUUCUCAGAUGUGCUUUCUCAAGUUUGGAAGUUAUGGUAACACGGUGGAAGACAUCAUAUUCAAGUGGAUGCCGGGAAAAACUAACAUCGCCGUUGUACACGAGGAAUUGGCUCAGUUUAAGUACAUGGGUUCCUCACUGGAGUCUGGUGUGACUGUGCUUUCCACAGGUAAUUUCUCCACCAUAACCGCCAAGUUCUCGUUUGAGCGGCGCAUCGGCUAUUACCUUAUCCAAGUGUACUUCCCGGACAUUUUUGUUGUGGUACUGAGCUGGAUUGUCUUCUGGAUGGAAAAAGACGACAUAGGAAAUAGAAUGGCGUUAGGAAUCACUACCAUCCUGACCAUCAUGUUUCUCCUCGGAUCCUUGAAUGGAAACUUGCCUAAAGUGAGCUAUCCAAAGGCUUUGGACUGGUAUCUGUUGUUUUCAUUCAGCUUCGUCUUCCUGUCCUUGAUCGAAAGCACAGUUGUGUUUCUUUUCGCAGUGAAAGCUAACAAAAACGAGAAGAUCAAAUGCAAGAAACACACCAUUCCUAUCACGACAAGAAUUGCAUCAUCAAUGAAAUGCUUCGUUAGUUCGAAGAGCGCAAAUGUCAACAACGCUAACGAUGACUACAAAGGAGUAUCUGAAAAUGACCUUGAAAUGGGUUACCGUCCGAGCAAAGCUGACAAGGCCUUGGUAGAUGACGCAGAAGCAGAAGUCCCUCACAACAGGAGCACCAAGAUCACACGGAUGGAGAAGAAUGCCAGCAAUAUUGACCGAGUGUCACGCGUUCUGUUUCCACUGGUGUUCCUUGUAUUCAACCUGUUUUACUGGACAUUUUUCAACGGUCAUGUAGUUAAGCAGUAGUCGCACAUGUAAACUGAUAAGGCAGAUUGUUUUGUUUUGUUUUGUUUUUUCAGAAGUAUUUUCAGCCUCUGUGUGAACUUCUUCAGUUUUUUUUUCUAAAUUUAGAAAUUAGAACCAACCAAAAACGACUAAAAAGUCUAUACGUAAUCUAUUGGAAUUCUCAUUCUGCUGAAUAUCUGAACAGAACUACAAAUAUGUGUAAAGAGAGGAGAGAGGGGGGUGGGGGAGGGGGCAGGCCUGUAGGUUCCAACGGGGUUAAGCUUGGCGCUCGCUUCAGUCUCCCUCAUGGAUCAAUCUUUCCCUCUCUUACUCUUUCAAAGGCUGGCUACUUGCACGCUCAGUACAGUUAUCAUCAAUAACUUGAUAGUUUUUUUUAAAGCUCUUGGAUAGGUCACAACAUUAUAAUGGCCUAAAUAUUACUACGUAUACACACGAACUAACGUAUAUGUCAGCUUGCGUUUUGAUCUGUGGGCUACAACUUUGUGGGAGAAAAACACUUAAACGAGUAUUGUAAUAAAAAAAAAACAGACAGAAGGAAAAGUGCUUAUUAGUCAUUCAAUCAAUAUACAUAUUUCCUAUCGUAUUUCGAUGGGUGCUUUAACUUAGAACUAAUGCAAGACUAUACGUGACCUCGAAGUAGUUUACAGAGCAAACAAAGCUAUGAUAAGGCCGUGGCGGGUGAUGGGCCUGUUAAACAAGAUAUGCAAGGAAAAGGAUCGAAGACUGCUAAUGCAGUCGAUAAGGUAACAAAGUUUGAAUCCUUUGCUUAACAUUUUAUUUCUUUAGUACAUUAAUAAGGGAGAAAAAUACUCUCCGACUCUGUUCGUGAAGGAGAAAAGAUUGGAGAGAGUGGAAAAGCUCUUUUAAAAUCAACACAACCACAACAUGUCUUUGCUGUCAAAUUGUCCUCCCAUGCUUUCAGCCUAUUAAUUUUUUAACUAAUUUUCAUAUUGGCCCAGAUUUUGGGAAGUAAUAUUCUAGUUACUGCUGGGAAAAAAAGCAUCUUGCUCUUAGUUAAAACAGAUUGCAAUAAAAAAGCUUUUAUGUAU